AUGUCCGUCUGUCCCCCCCAGAGCCUUGUGGCCGCCGGAACGUCCACUCGCUCAUAGUGGGCGGAAUGGAGUCAGCUCGCGGGCGCUGGCCGUGGCAGACACAGGGAUCCGUCGAAUUGGGUGGCCCAGUUUGGUGAGCUGUCUUCCAGGCCGUCUCUCUGGAACUUGGGGGCCAUCGCCCACCGUUUCAGCGUGCAGGACAUUAUCGUGUACCCUCGCUUCAAGGAGUCGCUCAACGACAUCGCCUUGCUGAGGCUGACCGCCUCUGUCACCUACAACAAGUACAUCCAGCCCAUCUGUGUUAUGGCCUCCGCCUUCGAAUUCCAGAGCCAGAGUAACUGCUGGGUGACCGGCUGGGGGCACAUCCGUGAGAAUAAAAAGCUGCCAGCUCCCUACAUCCUCCAGGAAGUACGGGUCUCCAUCAUAAACAACUCCCGGUGUAACGACCUGUUCCGACAGCCCAAUUUCUUCUAUAGACUGGCAGAUGACGUGAUUUGUGCUGGCUCUGAGGAUGGCAAACAUGACGCCUGCGAAGGUGACUCAGGCGGACCCUUGACCUGUGAGAAGAAUGGACUGUGGACUCAGAUUGGAAUCGUGAGCUGGGGAAUAGGCUGUGGUCGGCCCAACCGACCCGGUGUCUACACCAACAUCAGUAGAUACUUCAGCUGGAUCCAGAAGCACACGGCCCACAGCGCACCCAGGCCAGACCCCUUCCCACUACUGCUGCUCCUCCCUCUGCUCUGGGCUGCCCCACUCGUGUAGCUGACCUGCACAGCUGGCCCUGUAAGGGUGCAGGAGUUACCACAGCACUGGGCACAUUCACCCAGGGCUGUGGACA